AUGGUCUUCCAUCAAUCACAUUCCUGUACCAGCAGUGACAGAGUCCUCCACUACAUUCUCGACUGUACCGGUGCCCCAGCGGCGAUCAUCUCACCCCAUUGGCCGGCCUGCAACUCGGCAACUUGCCCGCGGGACAAGUGCUUGUGUCAGCCAUGGAAGGACCGUUUCGAUUCUGUGGACCCGACGGAGCUGCACGAUCUCGAGCAGCAGCUCAACGACCCCGAGAUCCGGCUGCGGAUCGAAUUCGCAUUGACACGCGACCUGAAGCGCGCCGAAGGUCAUUUCCGCGCCUUGCGACGGCUUUGUGAGUUUGACAUUGACACGCCGUUCUUCCUGGCCGCCCGCCGGCGCGCCGUGGAUCGCGCUGCGGCCGUCGAGGCGGCGGUGCGCAUACUGAAGUGGGGGAUCAGAGUGUUCCAGGCGUGGGAGGAGUGGACGCCGAGGCGGAGUCUGGUGACACUCGUGUUCAACCUGUGGUGCGCGCGCCGCACCGUACUGUCCAAGACUGUUCUCCUGCACUAG